AUGGCAGACCCGGUAAUAUGCGAGGGAGAGCUUAGUGCACAUGAAGUGGAGAUUCCACCCAUUUUGGUGGAUCAUAGCAAGAACGUGGAUAUGGUGGUGAAUAGUUUGAAAGAACAAUUGCAUGAUGAUGUUCAUGAGGGGAUUGAGGCACAAAGUCAUGAUCGAGAUACAACUAUGGUGAGGUUUCUGCGAGAAUGCAAGAUUGUGUGGGUGAUGGACUGCAGAAUAAACAUAGCUACGCUAAUCAGGAGAAGGGAGAUGCUGUUUUAUGGGAGAAUGUUUCCGGAGGUGGAAGUAUGCUCAAAUACUGAAUCAAAUGGAAUGUUGGAACAUUUGGCUAAGGAGAGACAGGAGCGGAUGAGAUUAUGGAGUAGUUUGAUGGAUAUGAGCUCUCAGCAGAGGCCUUGGGUUGUAUUGGGUGAUUUUAACAUCAUUCGAAAUAACAAUAAAAGAUGUGGGGGAAGGCUGAGGCCUGCGGUGGCUAUGGAUGAUUUUAACAAUUGUAUUGAUGCUUGCAGGGUUUCUGAGUUGCAAUCUUGCAGACAAAAGUUUUCUUGGUGCAAUGGUCAAUCGGAUCUUCGUAGAAGUUGGGCGAGAUUAGAUCGUGGGUUAAUAAAUGCUCUUGGUUUUGAUCAUUUUUCGGAUGCUCAUUUGAAAUACCUCUUCAGAUCGUGCUCAGACCAUGCCCCUAUGGUAUUAUCUUUGACGAGGCCGUUGGUGAAUUAUGGAUAUCCUUCGUUUAAAUUUCAACAGAUGUGGGUCACACAUGACAGAUUUUUGGAGUGUGUUUCCCAAGCCUGGAGCGGGGAGGUUGUAGCAGACUCUGCCAUGGUUAUCCUCAUGAUUAAGCUUAAGAGACUAAAAGUGGCGUUGAGAAAUUGGAAUAAAAAUGUUUUUGGCAGAACGGAGGUGCGUAUUGAGAAUUUAGAAGAACGGAUUAAGGGCUUGGAGAGGGAUUUACAGGAGGGUUUUUCGGAGGACAUUGAGGCUGAUUUAGUUGCCUCACAGGUUGAACUCUAUGCAUGGUUGGAGUGUGAAGAGCAAAGGAUUUCAUAUCAUAUAAAGCAGGGCUGGUUGAAGAAGGGAGAGGCAUCUUCAUCAUUUUUUCGGAAUAUGAGUAGACGGAAGAGGCAACAGGUGCAAGAAAUGAAGCUGCCGGAUGGAUCUGUUCUCUCGUCACCAAAGGCAGUCCAUAAUGGGGCUAUCUUAUAUUUUCAUAAUUUUUUGGCUGCUGGUCAUAGACACCCGUUGCCUUCUUUGGAGAGUUUGGUGCAGCAGGUCAUUCAACAAGAAGACAAUGAUGUUUUAUGUAGUAUCCCGACUUCAAAGGAAGUUUAUGAUGCAAUUGUCUCUAUUCCGAUUGAGAGUAGCCCAGGUCCAGACGGGUUUGGUUCGGGAUUUUAUCGAGCAUGUUGGCAUAUUAUAGGUGGGGAAGUUGUGGAUGCUGUAGUUGAAUUCUUUAGUGGUAUGUAUGAAGAGUGUUCCGGUCAAGUGGUGAACAACAGGAAGUCAUCGAUGGUUUUCUCUAAGCAUAUUACGGAAGGUCGAAGGCGUAGUUUACUUCGUAUUACAGGGUUUUCAGAAGGGAAUUUUCCUUUUACUUAUUUGGGAGUUCCUAUUGUAUCGGGUGGACUGCUUAGUGCUAAUUUUGAGGAGAUUAUUAAUAAGGUUCGGAAACGACUAGAAGGGUGGAAAACUAGAUUGUUAUCUAAUGGGACUCAGUUACUCUUACUCAAACAUGUGCUCCAAAGUUUACCGAUUCAUUGUCUCUCUAUGCUAAAUACUCCUAAAAGUGUGAUUGGGAAAAUUGAAAGGCUUAUGAGCACUUUCUUUUGGGGCACAAAGGAUGGAAAGCCAAAAAGGAAAUGGAAGGCGUGGGGUUCUAUAUGCAAGUCGUUUUUUGCUAGACUGGUGGGUAUGGAGAAAGCUGAGGAGAUUGUAGAUAAAUUGGGUUAUAUUAAACCUGGUAAGGAUUUGUUGAUCUGGUUGGAAAAUCCGAAUGGACAGUUUUCUACGCAUAGUGCAUGGCAAUGUAUUCGAACAAAAACUCCUGAGUUUCCUUGGACGAAAUGGGUUUGGAAUACUGUUAUUCCAAAGAAGAUGUUAGUUACUAUGUGGAAGGCAAUGCAUGAGUGCCUGGCUGUGGAUGAUCAAAUCUCUAAACUGGGCAUUCCAACGGUUUCUAGAUGUGAUUGCUGCUCUUUUGGAGGCUAUGAGGACUUGAAUCACGUGCUAGCCACUGGAGAGUUUGGAGAAAAAAUAUGGAAUAUAUACUCGGUGCAGGUGGGAAUGCCAAAUAUGGUUGGGAGGAGAUGGAGAGAUAGAGUGGAAUGCUGGCAUCGUCGUGCGAGAAGCUCGUCUUAG